AGGAAACAGAACCAGCAAACUCGGAAGAAACCUGAACUACACAUCCCAGCAUUCAUCAUUAAGCCCUGACUUGUCUGCACGAAGGUCUUCGUUGCCGCUCGCGCAGUGACCUGGAGGACGCCAUCCACCUGCUGCUACUCUAAAAUUAAACCGCAGGUUCCGUUAUGGGUCGACUUGAUGGGAAGGUCAUCGUCCUGACAGCUGCUGCUCAGGGGAUCGGCCGGGCCACUGCCAUAGCUUUUGCAAGAGAAGGUGCCAAAGUCAUAGCCACAGAUAUCAAUGAGUCCAAACUUCAAGAACUGGAAAAGUACCCGGGUAUUCAGACUCGAGUCCUGGAUGUCACAAAAAAAAAACAAAUUGAUGAGUUUGCCAAUGAAAUUGAGAGAGUUGACAUUCUCUUUAAUGUUGCUGGUUUUGUUCAUCAUGGAACCAUCCUGGACUGUGAGGAGAAAGACUGGGACUUCUCAAUGAAUCUUAACGUCCGCAGCAUGUACCUGAUGAUCAAGGCCUUUCUUCCUAAAAUGCUUGCUCACAAAUCUGGCAAUAUUAUCAACAUGUCCUCUGUGGCUUCCAGCAUCAAAGGAGUUGUGAACAGAUGUGUCUACAGCACAACCAAGGCGGCCGUGAUUGGCCUCACAAAGUCCGUGGCAGCAGACUUCAUCCAGCAGGGGAUCAGGUGCAACUGUGUGUGUCCAGGAACCGUUGAUACCCCAUCUCUGCAAGAAAGAAUACAAGCCAGACCAAACCCUGAAGAGGCACGGAGCGACUUCCUGAAGAGACAGAGGACGGGAAGAUUUGCAACCGCAGAAGAAAUAGCCCUGCUCUGCGUGUACCUGGCUUCUGAUGAAUCUGCCUACGUCACAGGUAAUCCUGUCAUCAUUGAUGGAGGCUGGAGCUUGUGAUUCAGGAUCUCCUUGCUGGGAAGGCAGGCCCUUCCUGUACACUGUAAACCCGGCUAUGAAGAAAACUCACUCAUCAUCUCUUUCCUAUUAAUGGAAUAUUAAUGAAAACAAGCCCUUUUUAAGGAUGUCAUUGUUCACAAGAAUUUGAUUCUUUAAAUAUAUUAAUUUCUUUUGAAAUCAUUGUAGCUUAAUAACAUCACUGCAAAAGAAUAGUUUUUAAAAUAAGCCUCAAUUUGUAAGCAUUUAAAAUUAAAAUAUGAAGGAAAAAAGUAAGUUUUUUAAAAGAAAAGUGUAUUCAUUUCUAUUUCCCAAUAUUCAGAUGUUUUUGUUCAGGUCUGCAUUGGUCUGUAUGUGGAUACUAAUUUAAAAUUUUUACACCGUUAUAAAUGAACAGCAAAGGUAGGAAGGAGUUUGGCUUCACUAACUUAUGUUAAAAGAACUAUAGACUAUUCAGAACUAUAUGUUGGUCUGUUAUAUAAAAUAAAAAUAAUCAUCAGGUGUUUAUACUUAAUGGAUGUUAUCACUUGUGAUUAAGUACUAUUUUCUUAGUCUAACUAAAAGAUCUUUGUUAAAAUAAACAAUGACAUUUGA